AGUUGCUCCGGCUCAACAGUAGCUGGGCAGAUUUGCAAUUCAGCCAUGGCUGGCUUCAACUUUCAGCAGAUGGGCGGCCGCUGCAAGAUGGUCUCCGAGGAAGAUGCUGUCAGCUUGCUCACAGGUGACAUCAUCGUACUGGAGGUGCAGCGGAAGAUGAAGCAGCGCAGAGAGCAGAAGGAGGAGCAGCGCAGGCUCUCCCGAGUGCAUGCGAAGGUGGAGAGACAGAAGGAACUGCUCCUGGAGUUUUUGAAGCAGCGCGACUUCCAGCCGCGGGUGAACGCCCCGAAGCUUCGCUGCUUCGGGUUGCUGCGGUCCUACCCUCUGCAGCAGGCGGUGCUGGAGAGGAGGUGGGACGCGGUGCAAUUGCUGCUCCGCUUCGGCGCGGAGCCGAAGCUGAAAGACUCCUUCGGGCGCAGCGCCUUUGACAUGAUGCCGUGCCAGAUCAGGGACAGGUUCAGCCGCCUUCAUGAACGGAUCCUGGCAACGGGAACAGCCGUCCUAUAGGCCACGUCGAUGCCUGGAGUCCAAGAUCAUUGAAGAUUGAGAUGUGGCAAGUCAGACUUGGCACUUUGAAGGACAGUUGUGUAUAACAGGACGCCCAUGUAAAGCCACUCAUAGGAGUAAUUUGCCAGACAAUUCUUCGCAAGGCCUUUGCGCUUGCCAUCGCGCCUCCUUUCAUUGCUGGAGUGCAACGCGGCGCAGCCCGAGGUUUUGUGUUUCAUUCGGGCCACUUGUAAUUUGAAGCCCAGCUAGGGCGAUUUACGUAAUUAUUUCACAGGGCGGAUGUAUAUAGUUCAUAGAUGGGAAGGAUCCUGGGCUGCCCGACGGGCCACAGAGGGCUCAGAUCUUGGCAGCUUCAGUUGUACUUCUAUUCUAUGAGGCUGCGCGCCAGUCCUGUGGGUGGCCAACUCCACAGUUAGAGGGUUGGCCGACAGUGCGCGGUCACUUGUGUUGUUGGUUUGCAGACAACCACAGAUUUUCGACAGUGCACUGCACUGGUUUCCAUUCUGGAUUACCCUGGUUGAUUGAUACUGGGGUGCUUCUUCACAUUUGGAGGAGUCGCACCCUCUACGUAUCCGGGUUGUGAAUCCGGGUUGUCAAUUCAUUUGAGGCUGAGAGGUCCUUUCGCAAGGCCAGCCAGGAGCCCAGUGGCCAGAUCUGAAGACUGAAGUGGCAAGCGGAGUCUGAGCUCUGAUUAGAACCUCUCGCCCCCGGGUGCCAGGGGAUGGUUGCAACCCGCGCUUGCUUGCAUGCGGCCCGCACCAUCCCCUGCCAUUUUUUGGGAUUCUCCAUUUUGAUGGUUUGAAACGACCUCAACUUGGCACAAGUCUUGGAUGCUGAGAGCCACUUUGGCACUGUGGCCGAUACUCAACGACUUUCCUCCAAGCAUCCGGUGAAACAGAU